AUGCGUGCGGGAGCUAAAACGGCCAAAAGAAGGUUGCCAAAGACGUGGGCAUCGACGCACGGCUCCGCGUCGACUGGCACCGCUAGGACAUCCCGAGGCAGAGCAUCACCGGGGAAUGCGUUUCCAUUCACGAAGACGCCCGCCCAAAAGGCGAAGGAGGCACAGCAACAGGAACUCGAGCGCGGUCUCGAGGUGUAUACGCACAAGUCGCCCGCAGGACCACCCCACGUCGCAGGAUCAAACUUCCUCAAUCCUCUCUGCAAGCCUUCGUCUUCGUCACAAACGCUCGACCAGCCUCUUCUACCCGACGGUAGCACAUCGCGAGGCAAAUUGGCGCGACUCAGAACGCCCGUGUUGGCGUACACGGCCAACUACGACGAAGCUGCCGAGCUCCUGUCGUGCCUCGGCCCAGGGCCCAUGGGUCUGGAUCUCGAAUGGAACUUCUCCCGCAAAGGCGCCCAGCGCACCGCCCUCCUCCAGAUCUGCUCUCCCUCCAUGAUUCUCAUCAUACACCUUUCCGCCAUGUCCCAUCGCAUCCCUCCGCCGCUCAGAAGCAUCCUGCAAGACCCGAACAUCAUCAAGACCGGCGUUGCCAUCAGAAAUGACGCCCUCAAGCUGCAGCGAGACUACUCCAUCGACACGCGCAACGUUGUCGAGCUCGGCACCUUGGCGAAACUUGCACAACCAGGCAGGUGGGCCGAUGUCCGCCGGCUCAUCAGUCUUCGAGACCUCACGAGGGUGUAUCUUGGCCGGAAGCUGCGCAAGGACAGUGUCAGGGUGAGCGACUGGGAGCAGUAUCCGUUAAAUGCGAACCAGAUCGAGUAUGCGGCCAGCGACACGUUUGUCAGCUUGGAAGUAUUGAGAGCCCUCGCCGAGUAUUUCAAGCCGAGCGGGAAGGUGGAAGGCGAGCAGCAGAGAGAAGGAUUGUUGGAACAAUUAGAUCGCAUCAUGCAAGCGGGGGAUGAUCCACCUAUGGAUCUUGAGCAAGCCUUGAAGCUCAGUGCGUACGAUCUCUAUCAGGAACGAGUCGGGAUGCAUUCGCUGGCGACGCAGAAGCGCGAUCAAAUGAGGCCAGCUUUACGAGAAGUUCAACCCCAAGCACAGACACGUUCUACUUCGCCUUCGCGGGUCAGUUUCGGCCAAACUACCAAGUCCCAAACAAACAGUCGAAGCAUCAAACCCAGCAGCAGCGGCGGCAAGCAAGAGGCAAACCAAGACAGCGAAGACGACGAUUUCAUUACGGUCACCAGUGUUCGGCUCGCCCACGACCGAGCCAUGCACCAAUGGCUCUACUCGCACCGGACGCUCGAUCAAGUCGCCCAGUCCGCCAACGUCAAAGCUACGACCAUAGCCAACUAUCUGCUCAAGGCCAUGGUCCAAGCCAAAGAGAAAGGCGACAAAGCCAACGACGGCCAACGAGGCCUACUUGACGAUUUCUCCCCCGCCGACAGGGAGAGGCUCGAGGCCCAGCUGAAACAAGCAGGCUCGGUGUUCUACGUCCAUUGGCGCAGGUACCGCAUGCUAGCCAAACAGUUGGGCUGGAUAGAUGCAAGCGGCAGCGAGAGUGAGGGUGAGCGACAGAAAGCGACGAAUGCUCAACCUGCGAAAGGGACCGCGUCUGCUGGGCAGCCGAAUGGGAAGACAGCUUGGCAGAGACCCGCUGCACUCAGACCCCCACCAGCACAGGAACGGAGUCGUCCACGGCUCGUAGUUGAGCUUAGCGACGAUGAGGUCGAUGUCAACGACACUUCCCGUUGA